UCGUCACGUGGCUAGGCCUCCUAACUCAACGGCAUGCAACAGCUGAAUCCGCGAUUCCACUCCAUGCUGCGAUUGCCCUUGUCGUCCUUUCUCAGGAAGUCCUUGAGCAUGAAGACGCGCCAGAGACUGGACUACCGCAACAAGCUGAUUCUGGCGCCCAUGGUGCGCGUGGGCACACUGCCCAUGCGGCUGUUGGCGCUGGAGAUGGGCGCGGACAUCGUUUACACGGAGGAGCUGGUGGACCUCAAGCUGAUCAAGAGCAUUCGCAGACCGAACCCGGCCCUGGGAACGGUGGACUUUGUGGAUCCCUCGGAUGGCACGAUUGUGUUCCGCACCUGUGCCCAGGAGACGUCCCGUUUGGUCCUGCAGAUGGGCACCAGCGAUGCCGGACGAGCCCUGGCCGUGGGCAAGCUGCUGCAGCGCGACAUAUCCGGGCUGGACAUCAACAUGGGCUGCCCCAAAGAAUUCUCCAUCAAGGGCGGCAUGGGCGCCGCUUUGCUCUCCGAUCCCGACAAGGCGGCGCUCAUUCUGCGCACGCUGUGCUCCGGCCUGGACAUUCCUGUCACCUGCAAAAUACGCAUCCUGCCGGACGUGGAGGACACCAUUGGCCUGGUGCAAAAGCUGGCCGCCACGGGCAUUGCAGCAAUUGGCAUUCACGCAAGGACGCGCGACGAGCGACCCCAGAAUCCUGCCCAUCCCGAGGUGCUGCGCGCCGUGGCCCAGGCGGUGGACAUUCCGAUUAUAGCCAAUGGCGGAUCGAAGAGCAUGCACUGCUACGAGGAUUUGCGCAAGUUCCAGGUGGAGUGCGGCGCCGACAGUGUGAUGGUGGCCCGGGCUGCCCAGCUGAACGUGAGCAUCUUCCGGCCGGAGGGCCUGCUGCCCAUGGACGAGCUGAUUGAGAAGUACCUGCGCCUGUGCGUCGACUACGACAACGCGCCGCACAACUCCAAGUACUGUGUGCAGAGCAUCCUUGGGGAGCUGCAGGAGACGCCGCGCGGCAAACGCUUCCUCCAGUGCCAGACGCUGCAGCAGAUCUGUGAGAUAUGGCAACUGGGCGACUACUGUCGGCGGAAGCAGCGGGAGCUGAAGACCCUGGGCAACUCAGGUCGGGCGGAGGUCGAGCCGCCGGAGGCGCAGGCCAAGCGUCAGAAGCUGGAGGAGGCGGCGACCGCCAUCGAGGACGAGUACGCCGGCGUCAUCUGCCGGAACAUGCCUUUCCUGCGCUCUACUUAUCCCAGUGAUAACCACCUGCCGAAGACCCAGCUGUAUGUUUACUCAGGAAGGGCUGGCAAAUCGCCGCCAGCCUACGAGACGCAGCAGUGCGACAAGCUGUUCCGGUCCAUUUGCAGCUACGACGGCCAGCGCUUCAGCAGCUCCUUCUGGGAGAAGAACAAGAAGCAGGCGGAGCAAGGAGCUGCUCUGGUGGCCCUCCUCCAUCUCGGCCAGCUGGAGGCGGAGGUCCUGCGCGAUAAUGGCAGCCUCCUCAACUGACCAGCAUCAAUCGGUUAAUUGUGUUAAAUGCUACCCACUCGGCUAUGUACCAACCUCUUUGUCAGGUCUUCAAUUGUAUGAUUAUUGCAGUGUAUAUUGCAAAUGCACUUUAUGUUGAGAGUUGUUGAAUACUUGUGUUACUAGGACUACAUCCGUCGGGCUCAUAUUAUGUGUAAUUUGUCAAUAAAGAGGAAACGGCCAAAAAAUAUU